AUGAUGUUUGAUAUAGAAAGAAUGCAAUCUAUGUCUAACCUUGAUUGCUUUCUUCAUCGUACAACACCUGUGGUACCAUCUAAGUUUCUUCAACAGAACGAGAUUAGAAACCUUAACCGUUUAUGGAAUCGUUGUUGUGAUAAAGAAGCAGUUGAAUAUUUCAGUUUGAGUGACCUUUGGAAUUGCUAUAUUGAGUGGAGUGCCUAUGGAGUUGGAGUUCCAAUUCACUUGAAUGAUGAUGAUUCACUUGUGCAAUACUAUGUCCCUUAUCUCUCUGCAAUUCAAAUAUUCACUAGCAAUAAUUUCAGAGAAGAGAUUAAGUGUGGUGAUAAUGAGACACGAGAUUCGUUGAGUGAUUCUUACAGUGAUGAUAGCGAAUGUGAUAAGAUAUGGAGUUCAUUAGAAGAAGGAGAGAGCCUUUGGAAUUUGGAUGAGAGAUUGGGUCAUCUCGAUUUUCAGUAUUUUGAAAAAUCAACUCCUAAUGAAAGAGUUCCUUUGAUCGAUAAGAUUAAUGGAUUAACAGAAAGGUACUCUGGUUUGACGUCACUUAAAAGCGUUGAUCUCUCACCAGCAAGUUGGAUGGCAGUUUCUUGGUACCCAAUAUAUCAAAUUCCCGUGAGAAGGACAAUUAAAGAUCUUUCAACAUGUUUUCUCACUUACCACACACUUUCAUCUUCUUUUCAAGAUAUGGACCGUGAUGAUGAAAUGGAAGGAACACAAGAGAAGAAGAAGAAAUAUGAAGCAAUCUCUUUGGCUCCAUUUGGUUUGGCCACGUACAAGAUGCAAGGGAGUAAUUUGUGGGUCUCAGGAAAUUGUGGUACGGACCAAGAAAAGGUGGUUUCACUAUGUAGUGUUGCUGAUUCAUGGUUGAAGCAACUAAAUGUCCACCAUCAUGACUUUAAUUACUUCAUGGGUAUUAGGCAUGGCUAA